AUGUGCAUCGACGAGAGAGAGCAAACCCUACCCAUCACAGCAACGAUCGAGAGAGAGCAGACGACAAAGUUCCUCAACCGGAUUGCAUUUACUGCCUACUAUGAGUGCGUCAAUUUGUUCAUGGUCCGUGAAGCCGCUGAUGUCAACUUUGAUGAUGGCCCUGGAGACACGGUUUAUGAACCAAUAGAGUUUGAUGAUUCGGAUGCACAUGAAUUUGGGGACCAGCCGGGCGCGACAAUUCACUAUCCCAUCAACUUGGAGGUGGAAGCGGGUCGUAACAUUUACAAUCCAAUCGAGUUGGACGAAGACGAGCCCAAAGAAGACCCCACAUGGAAAUGGCUUUUGACAUGGAAGAGAAGGAAGAAAUUCAAAUCAUCGACGAUUUCAAUGCUCGCCCGCUUAUUCCCGAUCUGCUCAUAUUUUCCCUCUUCACUACUCAACUCCGGCACGCCAAAAUUCCCACGAUUCACCGGCAAAUUGACCUCUGCCGGCGACUUCCCGGCAAUUUACACCCGCUUUCAGCAAGUGCUCUCCUCCUCCGGCGAUUCACUCCAAGAUUCACGCCUAAAUACCACAGUGUCGCUGCCGCUUCUCUUCUCUUCUCCACCGGCGAAUCCCACAGUGUCGCUGCUCUUCUCCUCCGGCGAAUCGACCUCCGACGACGACUUCCCGACGCGAGCAAGUAGACCCUCAAGGUGCGGCUCCCUCAUUUAUCAACACACAGCUAACGCCAGUCGACCUUGCCUUGAAUCCGGGAAUACAGACGUUCAAGGCUAUCUAGUGGCGCCACAUAUACAAAGGCUCGGAGGAUACAAUGUGGGCCAGCCACGGCCACGGCGAGUACUCGGAGAUCCCCAGCGAGAAGGAGAUAGUGUGCUGGGCAUAAAUAUGAGUCAUGGUUACAUCGGAAUUUCAAAAAUUAAAAGGAAUAACCAAAUGUCGCGAGUCGCGGGUCUUGAAGUGCUUGGGACUCUGUUCAUGCCAAACGACAACUUCGCGCAACAUAGAUAUGAAGAAAUAGAUAUCAAAUCACAGUAUUAG